AUGCCGCCCUUCCUACCCCUCUUCGAGCACUCGCCUCCCUCGUCCGACUUCCGUCGCCUCCCUUUCCUGCUACUCGCCCGCGCAGCCGGCUCGAAGGACGCCGGUUUCGUCACCUCGCGCCUGUCGGCCCUGCCCAAGGGCGUCCUCGUCGUCGUCGGCGUCUGGCUCAUCCUCUCGGCACUCGUCCUCCUCGGCGCCGGAGCGCGCGCCCUGUUCGUCGGACGAGACUGGGGCAAGACGCGCGGGACGGACGCGGAGAAAGGGUGGCUUGGCGGCGGCGUCGGCGGUGUGCUGUUUGGGUCGGGCGCUGCAGGAGCCCUGUCGACCUUGUUGGCGCUUCUCGCCAUCUCGCGCGCCAAGAGCACGCCGCUCGAACGGUGGGGCACGCUCGCAGUGCUCGUCGGGCCGGCUCUCGUCGGAGCAGUCGCAGGCGGGCGGUGGGCGCGAGUCGGCCAGGUAGCCUGUGGCUUCUUCGGCAGCCUCUCCUUCGCGCUCCUCCUCGUCACCUCGUUCCGCCUCGCCUCGGUCGUCCCCCGACUCGCCCUCUUUCUCGUCGCCCUCGCCCUCACCGCCCCACUCGUCCUCUUGCGCCGCACGCAACGCUAUGCCCUGUCGUUGUGCGCUGCCUUGUCGGGCGCCUUCCUCCUCGUCCUCGGCAUCGACUUUUUGCUUCACCUCGGGCUCGUCGAUGCCGUCGGCCUUCUCGUGUCGACGCACGGCGUGUCGUCGACCGCAGGCGACGCCGCUGUCGUCGUGGUGCGCUGGGAGAGCGCCGGCGGCAAGGGUCUCGUCGCAGGAUGGUGGCUCGUGUCCGUCGUGAGCGGCGCGUGGCAGACCUGGUGGGGCCUCGGCAUCGACGGCGACGAUACUUGGAACGCCUACCUCGCCCAGUUCAGCUCCGACAACCCGUCCUCGCCACGCGGCACGCACCUCGCUCCCCUGUCCCUCUUCUCGCGCUUUCGUCAGCGCUUCUCUCAAGCCUCGACUCUCACGGAUCGCCAAGCUCGACGCGUCGCGCCGUGGGAGGACUUGCCGUCCGACGGCGAGGACCUCGACGAGGACGACCGCACCGUCGCCAGCAAGAAGGCCGCCCGUCGGCCGAGCACGCGCACGCCGACUCGGUCGCGACAUGCCCAGCACGAGUCGGACGCGUGGGACAGCGACGCCGACACGCUCGCCGGGCUCGGCUCGCUCGGCGGCGGCGGGACGAGCGCAAAGCCGGCGCAGUAUGGCCCGGUGUCGGCGUCUGCGGCGGACUCGGAGGACGAGGAAGGAGGACUCGGUGUCGCGGCGCGACGAGGAGGAGCAGUGCGGGAGCAGGACGCCGGGCCGCCGUACUCGAGCCGCACACCGGCUCGGCCUCGCGCGCUUGCUCGCAGCAGCACGAGCGGCCUCAGCGGGACGACGGCUGCGGCGACUUUGCGCUCGACUGCGGCGUCGACGUACCGCUCGGUCGCCGACCACGACGGCGUCCCGCUCCUCGACGAGUGGGACGAGGAGCGCCUCGCCGGGCAGCGGCUCACGGCCGACCCGACACCGCCUCGCUCGCGCGCCCAGGGCAACGUCGCCUCGCGCUUCGCUGCGCGUCUCGUCGGCCGCGGCAAGACGACGCCCGCCGCCUACGCCGGCGCGAGCGUGGGACUUUCGGCUCUCGACCCUCGACCCGCCUCGCCGCCGCACGCCCCACCGCCGCACGCCGUUCCAGCAACGCCGAGCCUCAUGCGCGCGCUCGCCCGAGUGCGCACGGCGCAGCAGGAGGCGCGAGGUGCGCCGCUCGUGCGCUCGCCGGUGGUGGGCGGCGGCAGCACGGGCGGGGCGCCGCUCUCGCCUCGGCUCGACGGCGACCAUGUCAGGCGAGCGUCGAUGGACGAGUGGUGGGCCGAGGUCGUGCGCAAGAGCAAGGGCGCGACGUGA